UAACACAUUAUUGUUAUGAUUACUUUGUUAGCGACGACAAUGUCUAGUAUUUGGAUUUAUAUAUCCAUUGGAUUUUUGGUUAUCUCCACUGCAAGUAAUGCUAGAAACACAUCACUAAAUGAGGAACAAAUGACAGGACUGUUGGGCCGUCCGGUGGGUCGUAAGACGAGUCUAUUGACGGUCGGAUAUCACGGACCGGCGCUUUUGCAAGACUUUCAAUUCCUCGAAGAGAUGGCACACUUCGAUAGGGAACGGAUACCCGAACGGGUAGUUCACGCCAAAGGGAGCGGCGCUUUCGGUGUGUUUCGUGUGACAAAUGGCGAAAUG